GUUCGCCCGGGACCUGUCCUUCACGUCGAUCGUGCUCGCCACCGUCAGCAAGCGCGACGUCGCCCAGCUCAACGAGGGCCGGUUGACUGUGGAGCUGUGCGAGCCGGGCGUCGGCGAGGACCUGUUCACUGGCACUUACGUCAUGGUGGAAUGCAUCAACUUCUACGGCGCCUACCUCCACCCGAUGCGAGCCCUCCAGGCCCUGGAUGAGGCUUCGGUCCCUCUCCGGGAGUACCUGGUGGAGGGUUCGAGCGCCAGCGUCGUGCCCCACUACCUGAUGGCGGCGGCCCUGCAGGGCAGCGGCUUGAAGCUCCCUGCCGGGGAUGCCGAGGGGGCGCCCCCCGCCCUGCUCCAGGACCCGUCCCUCUUGGCGGAGUGGCCCUCGGCUGCCUCCCUGGGCCUGGACGAGUCGCAGCACCGCGCGCUGCAGGGCGCGCUCACCAACAAGGUGAUGUUGGUGCAGGGCCCGCCUGGCACGGGGAAGACCUACCUCGGGAUCAGGGUGGCCAGGACGCUGCUCGUGAACCAGAACUUAUGGAGGUGCAACCAGGAUCCCCGACCGCUUCUAGUGAUCUGCUCUACCAACCACGCCCUGGACCAGUUCCUACUGGGGCUGCUUCCUUUCACCAACAACCUAGUGCGAGUGGGGAACCCCUGCCGGGAGAAGGCUCUGGAGCCUUAUGACAUAUAUACACUCAGGCGACAAAAGCUGCAAGGAGCUUUCGCCCUCUUCCAGAUGAUCAGGACGCACAGGGAAAGGUUCAACAAACUGAAGGGUUUGCACGAGCGCGUGCGGAGCUGCCUCUCGCUGCUGCGCGCUGAAGGCGCGGGCAUUCUCAGCCCGGAGACGCUGCACGCUUUUGGCAUCAUCACGGACGAGCAGCUUCAGUUCUUCGACGAGUUUCCUUUGGAGAUUUGGCUCCUCGGCGAAGCAGGGAACACCCCCCUGCUUCUUGAUCAAGUCCAGGAAACGAUGUGGCGCCCGACGGACGUUGAGCCUUACCUGGAUGUCCUGGACGGCGUGGAUGUGUCCGCGCUGCAGCACACCGUGCGGCUCGCGGUGUCCGGCAACAUGCUCAAGAAGGCGCUCGAGGACGUGGUGGCCGACGAGGACGCGCUGGCGGUCAGGGCGCUGCGGCACCUCGAGCACACGGUCGGGGCACGCAUGACAGCGCCGGACACUCGGCCAGAAGGAAUGCAGGCGGGCAUGGGCUGGCUCGAACUAGAGACCCUGCCGGAGCCGCGGCGUUGGCAAGCCUACAGGUCGUGGCAUGAAGAAUUGGUAACUGAGUUAACUGCAGUGGCUGAAGAAUUAAGUCUAAAGUAUUCUGAAGGCGCACAGCUGGUGCAGGAAUGCAGAUUGGUGCAGGAUCAGACCAUCAUGUCUAACCGUAUGGUGAUUGGCAUGAGCGUUUCAUACGCUGCCAUGCGUCACCGUAUCGUCAAGCAGCUCAAACCACGCAUAGUGAUCGUAGAAGAAGCUGCGGAAGUCCUGGAGGCCGGGGUUUUGGUGUCUCUGGGCUCAGACGUAGAGCACUUAGUCAUGAUUGGCGACCACAAGCAGCUGCGCCCCAAGACUUCGGUCGGGGAACUCGCCACAGACUACCAUUUGGACGUAUCGCUGUUCGAACGAUUGGUCAACAACGGUGUCCACUGCGUCACCCUUAACACGCAGCAUCGCAUGCGGCCCGAGGUGGCGAGACUUAUUUGCCCCAACAUCUACCCUAAGCUGCUGAAUCAUGAGUCUGUAAACUAUUUCCCCAGCAUCCGAGGUAUCACAAAAGAUGUUUUCUUUUUGGAUCAUAAAAACUUGGAAGAGGAGCCGACAUUCUUGCGCGACUCCAACAGCAUGCAAAACAGCUUUGAGGCCCAAUUUGUAUCAGCUUUGGUACGCUAUCUCCUGCUGCAAGGGUACGAACCAUCGAAAAUCACGGUGCUGUGCACAUACAAGGCCCAACUCUACUUCCUGACCAAACAGCUUCGUCCUGCGGACGCUCACCUCCGUGACGUGCGCAUCACGACUGUGGACGAGUACCAGGGCGAGGAAAACGACAUCGUGGUGCUGUCGAUCGUGCGUAGCAACCAUCACCAGGCGGUGGGCUACGUGGGCAUCGAGAACAGAAUGUGCGUCGCGCUGUCUAGGGCCAGACACGGAUUCUACAUGGUGGGCAACAUGUCCACCCUGACGUCCCGGGGGGACUCUGUGUGGCGCGGGGUUCGGGAGGAGCUGCAGACGCAGGGCGCCGUGGGGUCCGAGCUGCUGUUGCGCUGUGACGUGCACGCCACCAUUACGCCCGUCUCCUCGGCUCGCGACUUCGAAAAGUGUCCCCAGGGGGGCUGCCUGAAGCUCUGCGGCGUAGCAUUGUCCUGCGGCCACCUCUGCCCUCAGCUCUGCCACCCGUUGGACCAGGAGCACCGCCAGUACAAGUGCCAGGAGCCGUGCGCGGAGGUGGUGUGCCCCCGCGGCCACCAGUGCCAGUCGCGCUGCUUCGAGCUCUGCCCGCCGUGCCCGGUGCCUAAGAAGGAGCAGUUGGCUUGUGGACACUCCGCCACCAUGCCCUGCCACCGCGACCCUGACGACCACGACUGCCAGGUUCAAGUGCAGGUGCAACUGCCGGACUGCGGCCACCCGCUGGUCGUCAAGUGCUGCAAGCGGACGGACCCGGCGUCGCUCGUGUGCGGCGUGCCGUGCCCCUACCGCAGAGACUGCGGCCACGCCUGCGACCGCAAUUGUCACGUGCUGGACGACCCGCGCCACGAGGUGUCGGUGUGCACCAGGCCCUGCGAGGAGCGCCGGGCCGGAUGCUGCGGGGCCCACCGCUGCCGCCUGCUGUGCCACGAAGAGUGCGAGGAGUGCGACGUGCCCGUGACCAAGGCCCUGCCCUGCGACCACCGCCUGCUGCUGGCAUGCAGCGAGCCGCCCAGCGCCGGCCUGUGCACCAAGCGCUGCCGCCGCCUGCUGCCCUGCGGCCACCCCUGCAGAAACAAGUGCCGCGACGCCUGCGGGCCGUGCAUGGUGCAGGUCGACAAGGUGCUGCCGGGGUGCGGACACACGCGACCCGUGGCCUGCUCGGUUGACGCCGCCCUGGUCGUGGACUGCACCGGGCCGUGCCCGCGCACUCUGUCUUGCGGCCACCCCUGCACACUGCGAUGCUGCGACCCCUGUUCCGACUGCCGCUGUAACGCGCCUGUGCAAUACCUGGGCCGCCCGGCCUGCGGACACAGCAUUAGAGUACCCUGCUCGUCCAGUUUUGAUCCUGCUAGUUUCGAGCUGCUGCUUCUGUGCGAGGAGCCUUGUGGGCAGGAGUUGGAGUGCGGUCACAAGUGCGCCGGUACCUGCGGAGGGUGUCUUCAGGGUCGCCUCCACAGGGCCUGCCAAAGCAAGUGCCAACGAGUGCUAAUCUGCGGACAUCAGUGCGAGCAGCCGUGCGCCUCCAGCUGUCCGCCCUGCCGCAAGCAAUGCUCGGUGCGGUGCCGCCACUCUCGGUGCUCUAAGCGCUGCGGCGAGCCCUGUGCGCCCUGCAAGGAGCGGUGCCCCAGCGUUUGUGUCCACAGACAGUGUGGCAGCCUUUGUGGAGUUCCCUGCCCGCAGGGCCCUUGCAACGAGCCGUGCACUGAAGUGUUGUCCUGCGGCCACCCCUGCGUGGGGCUGUGUGGGGAGCUUUGCCUUUGCCGACCCUGUAGCGACAUCGAGAUCUUUUUUGGCACUGAGGAGGACGAAGAUGCCAGGUUUGUGACCCUUCCCGACUGCAAACACGUUUUCGAAGUGAGCUCCCUAGAUCACUGGCUUACAGGCAUUGAUGAAAAAGGAAGUGAAAUCAAAAAGAAGGUCUGUCCAAAGUGCACAACAGUUGUAGCCACCAGCUUGCGAUACAGCAACGCCAUUAAACAAAACGCAGAGCAUGUGGCUGAGAUCAAAGAGAAACUAUUUGGCACGUGGGAUACCAUAAAACCGGUGGUAAUCGCCACCAGGGAAAUUCUUAAGGCCAUGCCAGCCUGUCCCGCAGGCCUCCCCGCCCUGUCCGGGCUGGUGCAAGCGGUGGAGGGAGCGCUGUCCAGGGUGGAGAGAGGUUUGCCCGGCCCCAAGCGCCGUGCAAAGAGGGCUCCAACACUUAGUCUCACAGCUGUGCAAAGCCUGCAGCAGUACGCCGUCGUCCUCUCGGAGCUGUGCAAGUUGUUGACGACGGUGGAGCCCCAGCCACUACUAUCCGCCAAACGGACAGAAAUGGAAAACUUCGUGGAGCACCUGUGUGGAGAGUUCAAAAAGCGUGGUGAUUUCCUGCGGAUCAGCACGCAAGAGGCUGCAGAUAUCAACGCGGAACUGACCCGAGGUCGGCGGCUGCUUGAGGUGUGCCGCUUGGAGAGCCGUAUGGUCCAAGGGCUCGUUUUGUCGUCGCACCUGCUCCAGAAUCUCGCCGACCUUUCACGGAUGGUCCGCGGUGUUGGACCCUGCUCCGAGGCGGACGGGGCGUUGGCUGACGGAUGGCUGCGUGAUCUGGCGGUUGCGGCACGCUUGCUCGUCUCUAAGGAGGAGGUGCGGGCUGUGAGGGCGGCGCUGGGGCUUGCCCAGGGCCACUGGUUUCACUGCCCCAACGGCCACCCCUACUGCAUCACGGAGUGCGGCGGCGCCAUGGAGGAGGCCAACUGCCCCGAGUGCGGGGCGCGCAUUGGCGGGACCAACCACCGUCUGCGGAGAGACAACAGGCUGGCCACGGACAUCGACGGGGCCACAACCCCGGCAUGGCCCCCGACGCUUCAGUAGUAUCCACCGGGGAGAGUGUUUCAUUGAGUUGAGUGGAAAGGCUCAUCUUAAAGUGGGCGUUUAGAGACGAUAAAUAAUGCCGUUUGGAUGUCCCCCCCCCCCUUUGAGAAAAGGAGUGAAUUUCUUCCACCCUGAGAGGGUUGUAACCUGUCUACAAAGAGCAGCUGCUCUCACCUAGAUAAAAAUGUAUAAACAAACAAUAAUUGUUAAUUUUAAGGGAGCCAAUCAGCAGUCAGUUCUUGUGAGAACUUUACUGUCUGAAGUGGCAUGAACUGACAUCUUUCUCAGACUUGUUCACAAAAACCAGAUGGGAACUUGUUGUGUCUGUAGGACAUAUUUUUAUCUAUUCUUCCCUGCUCCUCCAUUAGCGGAGCGGGUGAAUCUAAUAGUGUAAGUUUCCCAAAUGUCUACCAAGUCACGUACUACAGAAGCUUGAAAUUUUAUCUCUUGGACAUAGAAAUGUUAACAGUAUUUAUCUGUUCUUUCUGAUUCUUUAACUUUUUCUCUUUUUUGCAAGUCAGUCACAGUUUUUUCCAUUUUACUGCAUGUUUUACUCAAUUAUUCAUUACUUUUAAUGGUGAAGAGAAUUCGGUUUUAUAUCUUGUUCCAGCUGAAACUCAACAGCUAGUCAAAAUAAAGCUGAUGAUAACUUUUCCAUAA